UUAUAAUGUUAUCCCUAUUAAAGUCUAUACGGUAGAAAAAAUACCUCCCUAUUUAUACGGGCUUUAUUUAAUAGUUUAAAGAAAUAGUUCGUGUAUACUGUCGCAGCAGUAUCACGACUCCCCCCUUAUUUAUUCAAUACAGUUAUUUAUCAGAAAUGAUAGAGUGGGGCAUGAGGACAUUAGCGUAUGAGUGUGCCGUGCAAUACGUCACACCCCUAAUUGCCGUAUUCCUCCUAUAUACACUAUAAUAAAAAAUCUAGGCCUAUUCUAAGACAUAAUAAUAAAAAGAAGUUCUACUUCUGAGAUAGAUGUAUAUAAGACGAAGAUGUGUUGGGGACAGGUAUUGUCUUACAAAGUAUGAUAAAAGGUCUAAAAGCACGUGACAAGCACCUAGAUUUUGAUGGUUAUUUUGAAGAAAAAUAAAUUGUAUUUAUAGUAUAUUUGCUAUACCAGUCUUAGAAAUAUAUUUGAGUACUGCCGUAGUAGUAUAUCAUGUCUAUUUUCAAUAUGGUUUUAUGUUGAGGGACCUGAAUGUGAAUGAACGCCGCCAUCUUAUUCUUGCAACAGACCAUCAACUCAGCCUCCUUGCGAAGACCAAGACCUGGUACAUGGAUGCAACGUUCCACGUGGUCAAGCAUCCCUUCACACAGCUGUUUAGUAUCCAUGGGUUCAUUAGGUCUGGUUCCAGCAUGAAACAGAUACCUCUGGCAUUCUGUUUUAUGUCUGGAAAGCGAACAGAGGAUUAUUAUGAGGUACUUCGAUCCAUCGACCGCCAACUGCCUGAUGAGAUCCGUCUGGAACUGUGCGUUGUGGACUUCGAGGCAGCCGUGUGGCAGGCUAUCCGCCAGAGAUAUCCGGACUGUCGGAUACAGGGCUGUGCAUUCCACUGGUCACAGGCUGUGUUCCGGAAAGUUCAGGAGCUCGGAUUACAGACUGCCUACAACGAGAGAGGAGAUGUGUACGAUUUCAUUCGGCAAGUGAUGUGUCUCCCGUUCCUUCCAUCAGAACAGAUUGUGGAGACUUUCAUGAGGCUGGAUGACCGCGUCACAUCACCGGCAUAAGCAUCCCUGAUGGAUUAUAUCGACAGAACAUGGAUUCGAAGCAGAACUUUCCCCGUCAGCUCGUGGUCCAUUUUCAUGUCGGCUAUUAGAACCAACAACGACGUAGAAGGGUGGCACAACCGGUUGAAUUCCCGAGUCAACAUCAGGGGUCCCGUUCCAUUUUAUCUGUUGUUGCAGGAGCUCUUCAGGGAAGCCACCGCGAUCCCCCUUCAAUCAAAGAUGGUUUGCGAGAACAAGCUCGCAAGAUACCAGCGCAAGAAAACACGGGACAUUCAGAGGGAAGUCUUUCGUUUGUGGGGACAGUAUACAGAUGGUGAGGUUUCAACCUCCCAGCUGAUGCGGAGGAUAGGACGUUUGUUACAUUGAAAGUGUGUUUAUGUAGAUGAACUGUAGUGUUGUGUUGUGUAGUGUUCUGUAGUGUUGUGUUGUGUAGUGUUGUGUAGUGCUAUGUUGUGCUGAUGUAGUGCUAUAGUAGUGAAGAACAUUUUGUUUAUAGAUAUGUAUAUAGUUUGUAGUGCUGAAUGAACAUUUUGUUAGUUUAUUUCCAGGAUGGUCCAGUUAUUAUCUCGAAAUUUCGAGUUAGUAAGUCGAAAUUUCGAUUUAUUAAGUCGAAAUUUCAAGUUAUUAACACGAAAAAAUGAAUUUAUUUGUUUUGCUUCAUGGCCCUAAUGCUCUUCCGUAUAUGAUAGAUGUGGUCAAUCAUGUCAAUGACUCUGCUGAGUCUGUUGAUGUGGAAAGAGUUGAUAUGACACAGACACUUAGCCCUUGACAUGAUUGAUCAGGCUACCAGGAAACUGAAUAUGUUUGUGUGUGUUUGUAUAUUCUGUGUCAGUGUAUGAGGAUGUGUGUAUAUUCUGUAUGUGUGUCAUUCUAUUCAUGAAUAUUUACAUUUGUAUGGCAUUGUCACUAUAAAGCCUUUUUGAGAGUUGUGUCGUUGAUGUUUAUUUAAGUGCCAUGCAUCACGCAACAGUAUCAGCGUAGUAAUACAACACAGACCUGCGCAAUAUUUUGUUCCGGGCCAAUAUACUGAAAGCAUUGUUUUAGAUAAAUUUGAGCAAAAAUACAUAUUUUUGUCAAAUAAUGUAUGAUGAGAAAAC